CCAUUCAAAUAUCCCUCAAGAUUCUCCAAGCCUUGAAUCUUCAUCGUCAUCUUUCUUCAAUCCUAGCCCUUUUCAUUUGUUCUAUCGACCUGACCGACCCGAACCAACUACCUUUUAGAACCCCUAAAAUCUUUUUUCUUGACAAUUAACUCAACCCAACUAGCCACUCAAGCUGAAAGAAAGCUCGAAACACGAUGAAAACAUACAUGAAAAAUGGAAGCUUGAUUAUGUUCAUUGCUAUCUUGAUGGGCUUUUGUGGUAACACAGAAGGUGCUGAAGUAACAUGUGAACCUCAAUACGGGUUCUUGCCAUGCACAAGUGGUCUUUGGGGAAAACUUUUCUUGAUCGUGGUUUAUCAAUACUUGAUGUCUGUGGGUCAAAGUUAUAUUUCAAACGGGUCGGAUAAGUUCUUCAGCCUUAUUGGACCGGGUAUCUUUGGUGCCGGGUUGUUCCAUAUUCUUGCGAACUUCCCUUUGCUGUACCUCAUCCUUCAAAUGGGAUUAUCAGCUAGCGAUGACACAAGUGCAUAUUUUAGUGCUGCAAUGGGAAUGAAUGUGCUAGCAGGGACAGCAGUCAUGAGCCUAACACUUAUUUGGCCGUCUGUUAUAGUGUUUGGAAAUUAUGAUCUUGCAGAUGAUGAUGACACCAUGGAUUUACCACAACUUUUUGAUGAAGAACCAUCAUAUAUAAAGAAACUGACAGCAUAUGGGCUUACAACUGAUACCGAAACAAGCUACACUGCACGACUCAUGCUCGUGUCAAUGAUACCGUUUCUCAUUCUUCAACUCCCGCAAAUCAUCAAUUCGGCCUCAGUAACACGAGUGAUAGUUCUACUAACUCUCAUCCUCUCGUUAGGUUUCUUCAUUGCCUAUGCUGUGUAUCAGAUGUUCCAACCUUGGAUUCAAAACAGAAGAUUUGACUAUGUGAGACAAAAGUUUGUCAAGAACAAAUUAUUAAAACUACUCUCCACAAACGGUAAAGCAAAUGUGGAGCUAAUUAAAGGGCUGCACAAGGAACUUGACAAAAAUCAUGACGGUAAAGUUACCAAGGCUGAGUUGAAAACUCUACUUUUAGGAAUACAGAUAGAAGCAGAUGGAAAAAUAAGCGAAGAUCUUGUAGAAAGAGUCACGGAUCAACUUGAUAUCUCUGGCGACGAAUCUAUUCAAGAAGAUGAGUUUGUUAGGAUUUUAACAAAAUGGCUCAAAGAUGCAAGGAAAUCACUCUCCAAGAACGAUUACAACCCUCUCAGUUUCUUCACCAAACCACAACCGAUACAGGAUGCAGAUGAAGAACAACAAGCAGCAUUGAUACCCAAGGAGGAUAAUCUUAAUGAUCAGAGUUCAAUUUGGGAUUACUUGGAGGCUUUGGCUUUGGUACUUCUAGGGACCGCUGUGACGGCUAUUGUCGCACUUCCACUCAUAAUGAAUGUUUCUGGUUUCGCUACGGAGGCAAAUAUCCCUUCCUUCCUUAUCCCAUACAUUAUAAUACCAUGUGCCAUAAACAUACCUCGUCUCUUAUCAACGAUCAAUUCAGCAAGCCAAAAGACUCAACGCGCAGCUUCUUUAACUCUUUCUCAGAUAUAUUCAGGAGUGUUCAUGAGUAACAUGAGUAGCUUGACAACAUUUCUGUUAACGGUCUACAUAAGAGAUUUGCCAUGGGAUGUAUCUGCUGAGGUUCUAGUUGUGUUGAUUAUAUGUAGCGUGAUGGGCGUUUUCACAAGUACGAGGACAAUUUUUCCACUUUGGACCGGGUAUGUGGGUUAUCUGUUAUACCCUAUAUCGCUACUCAUGUUGUAUCUUCUUACAACAGUUUGGGGUUGGUCAUAGGUUAGAUAAGUAUUAUAUUUGUAUCCGAAUUUUGCGUUGUAUUUAAAGUACUAUGUUUGGUUAUUUACAACAAAUAUUUUUGAAGGGUGUUAUAAGUUUUGCAUUGUAUUUUGUAAUAUAUCAUGUAAUUGAUGUUGCUUUGAAGGUGUUAAUGAUAGUUGUGUUAUUA